AUGAUUUUGAGCCUAUGUUCGGCUUGGGAACUUCGAAUCAAUAAUCAAGCAACACCCUACACUGGAAGUAAAACCCAAGCUUGUCAGCCUAUUUCCAUCCCCCGUGGCGCCAAAAUCAGCUGGGUUGGCUCUAAAGGUGCUACGACUCUUCAGUUAUUCAAUGUGCAAGGAAAGUGCUCUCAAGUCUAUCGGACUAUAACGGGUGUUGGAGAAAUCAAUGCUUCAAGUGAUAUCUUCGGAUAUAUGGUCAAGGCCUAA